AUGACGACGACAGAGAUACCCGGCCGCCGCGACGACGAGGACAUGCUAAGCUACCCGCGCCGAGACAACGGAGCUGUCAGAGAUACCCGUCUGCUCGCCCCGGAGAGCCGUCGACACACUCCGAGCCGCUCCGGAUCUUCCCCACAACCUACACCCAGCCUGAGUGGAGAACCAUGUGCAAUCCAGAUUGGCGUGGUGGCAGGUUCUGGAUUUGAAACAAUGAAAGAGCGCCGCGAGGAAGGAAACCGUCGCAAAACAUCGGUCCCUUGGCGGCACAGGGUGCGGGGCAUCAUCACUCCGAUCCUUCUCCUCCUGAGUCUGGCCCUGGCCACGUCCCUCCUUGCUGUGACGCUUCUAUAUCUCCGGGCACAGAGCAAGCUGCAAGCGGUUGAAGAAGCGGUGCAGAAGCUCCAAGUCUCUCUGCAGCCUGACUACGCCUCGAACGCGUCAGCAAAGGGAUCUGACAGUAAGUCGCAGGAUGAGGGUCUUAGGCAUCAGGGUGUGCAGCUAUUGGAUGAAGCGCAGGCAGGAAUCCAGAUGCUGAAAGACCUGCUGGGUAAUGUCAGUGCAGACCCAGUGCAGAUCAAGAUUCGUCUGGACAUCAGUGCAGCACGACCAGCAGUCAAAGAUUGCUGCAGUGACGUGCUGACAAAGCUCUCCAGGGGCUGGAGGUUUUACGGUGGGAACCUCUAUUACUUUUCACAAGAAAAAAAGUCGUUUGAUGAGGCUGAGCAGUUCUGUGUGUCUCAGGACUCACACCUGACCUCUAUCUCCUCCGAGGAAGAACAGGAGUUUCUCUCCAGCGAGACCCAGGGAGAAGAUCACUGGAUUGGACUCACUGACCUGGGGACAGAAGGCAGCUGGCGCUGGGUGGAUGGCACAGAAUACAGAGCAGGCGCAAGCAGGGGGUUCUGGGUGCACGAUCAGCCAGACAACUGGGAUCAGGGGAUCGGAGGCAGAGAAGACUGUGUUCACAUCUAUCCAGUCAACCGGAAUUUUUGGAAUGAUGCCAACUGCACUCUGCCUUCUAGGUGGAUUUGUAAGCAGGCCCAUAGACAGGCUGGGCUGUGACAUGCAGGUCUCAGCAUGUCAAACAGCACCUUAAUUUCCAAGCUAGAAUAUUUCCCAGCCACCUGACGAUGAGGAUCCCUUUACACUGGAGGGGCCGCAUGGGACUGGCAUUGCAGGGGGAGCCCCCAGGAGGAAUCCUGGAUGAACCAGCCAGAAUUCCCGUUAGUGGCUUCUAGAGCACAUGUGGCAAAGGACUAGCUCCACCAGCUUCUGGGAGGGUGUGGUGAGCUCCCAGCUCACUUCCACCUACCGCCCAGGGAGCUGCUAACAAGGAGCAAGAAUGGCAUUUCCCGAUGAGAUUCCAGCCAGCUCCUGCUUCCGGAGCUUGUGGUUGAGCUACAGCAUGGAUUCUAAAAAGCCGUCCAAUCUUGAAGAAUUACAGUCUCUAAAGGCACUUCGUCUUUACUAUGAGGGGCAGACACGAACAGAGGAGAGGAUAUUUCCUCCCCCUUUGCUCUGCUCAUCUCAUCCUUUACAUCACUAGUCGCCUCCUCUAUGAUGACACUCAACUCCGCCUCCUGUGGUGCCACCCUGGGACUUCCUUUUUCUAUCUUCAGACUGCUAGUAGCUUCUGCACUGCUAACUUCCUCUUUUGACUCUCCCUGUGGCUUCUUAGACUUAAUCUCUAGCUCCUCUUCUAAAGGUACUCUGUCAGCCUGAGCUAAUUCUCUCACCCUACUUCUCGUAAUUGGCCCUGCAGAUUUUUCUGUCUCUGUCGGUUCCAUCAUGUCAGUAGAGAUGGGAACCAAUUCUUAUACUCCUCUAACACAUCUCUUAACUUUUUCAACUCUCUGAUUCUUUUUAAAAGCUGACCACAGUCUGAUUUAUAGCCAUCCAUCGAUUUUAAGCUGGCAUCCAAAGUUUGCUGGGCUUUUCUGAGUAACUCUAAUUUUUUUAUUUAAUUUCUUUCCCAGCGAACUAUAAGCUAUGAGCAGACAUUCAACAGCUAUUCCCUUCACCAGUUUAGCCUUUCUUUUUUUUUCUGUUUCGUUUCUACAUCAAAUGCUUCACUCACAAAACCCCAUGGGUUACAAUGCUCAGAUAUCAUCUCAGCUGUUCUAAACCUCCUCCAUGAUCCUGAACGUAUUUUCUAGCAAAGUUUCCUAGAGCCAUACUGUGGGCAACUUCAACAGACUCUACUCUUGCCCUUACGUCACUUACCUUAACAUGUAACAUAGAACUCAUUUGAAUUCUAACACUUCACUAGCUUAUGUAAUAAACUAUAAUGAAUAC